GGGCGCGUGCCAACGGCGGCCCUGUCUAAACUGGGCCGGCCCGCGGGCGGCGGUGGCGGCGCGGCUCGGUUGGACCCUGUGUGAGUGCCGGGUGGGAGUCUGCCGACCCACUCCGUCUUCAUCCGGUGAUCGGCGGUCAGCGCCCCCGGCUGUGCCGCCCACGCCCUCGGCCGUUCCCCUCUGUGGGUCCUCGAACUCAGCGGAGCGCCUCGUUACGAACCGGCUCACCCCGAGCUUCGGUGGUGCGCUGUCUCAGGGUCCACCCUGAGCGGCCUGAGAGCAGUGGCAGGUGGUGGGACGGAGCUCGGGUGUCGGACGGAGCCGGGUGACCCCAGUGAUGCCGCCUCAACUGGAGAGUGCUGAGGAACGGGGCACCGAAACGGAGGAUGACCGAGACGACGGACAGGACGAAGAGGAGGAAGAUGAUGAAAGGGAGGACGGACCCAACCCGUACAAGGCCCAGGCCGAAGCCAAGGCCAGAGUUGUGCACCUCCGUGACAAGGCUCUGGGAUUCUGGCACAGAGACGAGUGGGAGUCCAUCAUGAAUAUGUACACAAACGAGGCGUUUUUCGACACGCUGCUCUGCUGGGUGCGGCCCACGCGCGACUUCCUGUCGUUCCUGCACGCCGAACUGCGCCGCCUGUACGUGACCAAGAUUGUCAGCGUCGGCUGCGGCUGCGGCUUCCUCGAGUGGCUCAUCAAACGCGCCUGCAGCGGUAUCGAGGUGAUCGGCUACGAGGUAGACCGGGCCUGGUGGCAGGGGCGCUACGGCGUGAAGCCCUUCAUCGAGCAUAUCUACAUCGACGAGGUGAAGACCCGCCACGUACCGGCCGGCUCCGUGCUGAUGACGUGCUACUUCCACAGCUGGGAGUGCUGGAACCAGUACCUGGCAGAGUUUCGCGGAGACAUCGUCAUCGUCAUUGGGCCGGAUACCAACGACCACGUCACCUUCCCCGAGCCAAGACACCUGCUCAGCGACCCGCGUUUCGUGCUCGAGAGCCAGCGCGACAUCGCCGGCGGCGACAAGAUCGUCAUCAUGCGGCGGAACCCGGAGCUGUGGCCGGUGCCGCCACCCCCGCCAGAACCAGCUGCCGACGAGCCGCCGCUGCCUAGCGUCAAACCACCCGACAGCAAGGCCGAACAGGCGAAGCGAUAUAACGAGAUGCGACGCUCGCUGGUCAUGAACCGCAUCUGCAACGCCAAGCAGAAUCCUAAGACAGCGCCGGUGGACCCGAAGGUGCGCCAAGGCCCGGCAUUGCGUAGUACCUACACCACACGCAAACCGUCGCUAGCGUUCAGCUUAGGGAGCACCAGCGUCGCGUCACGACUGAAGAAUCUGGACGGCGGGGCAGCCGGCGGCAUCCGUCGUUCGGCAUCCUGCAGCGCACAUCUCGACUCACUCGGCAAAAGCCGAGAAGAUAAGUCGGUGUCAAGGCGGAAAACGACGGCACCAGCGGGGUCUGGAUCCCGCGCCGGUUCUUCCGGAGCAAGUCCUCGACUGUCGGGAUCGGUGACACCGGACGGCAGGGACAGGCGGAGCGCAGUCGGCCAGCGGCUCGGUGUGGCCACUGCGUUUGCCGGCCGGCCACUGCGUGAGAGCCGCUCCGUGCCUUCCCUGGCCACUCUGCAAGAGCUAGACCGCAACGAGCUGGAGACGAAAGUCAAUGGGAACGCAGACUUCGGCAGCGAACGGACGACCGACACAUUGGACAGUUCCGUACGACGGCGACGCCCUACAAAUGAAGACGACGACCGACAGCCCACCGAGACCCCGAGACGACGAAGAAGAGAGGCUCAGGGCCCGGCCAGUACAGGCAGUGCUGAGGAUGACGGAGACUCCCAGCAAAUUGCAACGGAGAGGAGACGGAGGACCAGGGCAGCGGGGCAGCCAGACAGCUCCGAGCGGCAGCCGCACGCGGCGGAUACUGCGGCCACUGACGGGGCUUCGAACGGACAGGGUGAGAAUCAGAUGGCAUCCGGCCAGGAGCAGGGAGUGAAGGUGUCGCCUCCACUGGUGACCGUUACAGACCUGAGCGGCGAGAGGCGGCAAAGCCUGCGGCGACCCAGCUGGUCGCUGUUCUCACUCACCUCUCCAUCGCGCUGAGCAGCGGCAACAGUGGAGAAGACGAAAGGGUCUGACCACUAACGACUACCAAUGGAUCCUCACGUCAAGUGCCUACAAGACGUGCCAGAGACAACUGACCCGAAAAAAGGAUGUCGUGCGGCAAAGCCUUUUCUCCCGACUUCAGAGUAAAGCAUUUCCCCUCAGUCAUCAAAACAAGAGAUGGACCGUGGUCCGUGUGUCAUAACCAUAUUUGCUGUGCUGAUCCUCGCGACAAUAUAACAAUCAAGUUUUCUUGAAGUGAGCUUUUCACGAGAACACCGGUGACCCGCUAUGCAGUGUGAUACGUGUGCCAAGACGUGAUACUGUUACCAUGACAUUUGCGCAUAGACGUUAGCUACAAUGUCGUAUGUGCUAGGCAAAUCCAUAGAUGUGAUAUAUAGGCAUUGCUAUUUGAAAGUUGUGAGUGUGAUGGAAAUAAAGAAAUAGCUAGAGCUCCCGUAAGUACGGCACAAACAUCACCAAAAA